CCAGUCUCAAUGGCCAUACCGGACUUCAGAAUGUAUCAGGCGACCAUGGUGUUUCGAUGGAUGGCUUAAGUUGUCAUCCUUAGCGUUCAAUUUUGUAUGAUAUGAUAGUCUGUGUGCAACUUUGAAUUCACAAGUAUCACAAGUACUAUCUAUAGAUGGGUAGAGUCAAUUUUUAUUACUAGCCUCAAAAUUCAGUGCCAUGCAGAAACCUCCUGGGAAAAAGAAAGCGGACCUAAAGAUUGUCAUCUUGGGGGAAGCAAGUGUUGGAAAAACAUCACUGAUCCAGAGAUACAUUGAUAGAGUCUUCACAGAGGACAAACUAAGUACAAUAGGUGCUUCAUUCUUUUUAAAGCAAUGGGGACCAUACAAUGUUGCAAUAUGGGACACUGCUGGUGAAGAGAAAUAUGCUGGUCUGUCAUCUUUCUACUGCCGGGGAGCAUCAGCAGCCAUUGUUGCAUAUGAUAUCACCAAAGAAUCAUCUCUCAAAGUACUUAACGACAGGCACCUGCACCUUUUGCAAGCUGCAGAGCCCAAUUGCUUGGUGGUCAUAGUUGGAUGCAAGAAGGACCUUGUAACAGAUGACACAAGGGGAAUAACAGAAGCUGCUGGGAUGGAGUUAGCAAAGGUGCAAAAUGAGCUCAAGAGUCGGUCCUUACUAAGCUUGAAAAGGACUCCUUUCUUUGAGACAAGUUCAAAGACUGGGGAUGGAGUUGACAAUGUUUUUGAAUUUAUUUUGUCUACUUGUUUGCCACUGGAUGAUGCCGAAACUGCAAGUAAAUCACUUCGUCGUCCAACAGGGGUGAAUAUGGAAGGGGGAGGUGCUACAGUUGAGAAAAAGAAAUGCUGCUGACAAAAAUAUUGUCAGCUUAAAUAUUAUGGCCAUCCAUCAACUAGUUAGAAAAGUGCUACUGUAUAACUAGGUGCAAGAGGUGUUGUUGACAAAAUAAUGUCAGCUAAAAUAAUGAUAAUUCAAUUAAUCAAGUGCUGCUGAUAAAAUGCUGCCAGCAAGAAAAAAAAAUGAUGGGUACCAGAAGAUUAGACUUUUACUUCACAGGUAUAUUGUAUUAUGAAUCAUUUUACUCAAAUUAAAAAAAAAUUCAAUUGCA